UCAUGUGCAGCAAUGGGCGGGAGGUGGAGGAGGAAGGCGCGUGCGGGUCGGGUCAAACGAGGCGGGCGAGGAAGGUGCAACGGGUGCCGGGGCACUCGUCUUCUUGUCCUCGUCUUGUGCGGUGCAUGCAGCGGGAUAGAUAGCACGUCCGUCCACGGAACGCUUUCGGCGCGCUCGGAACGGGCACCCAUGGAGCGGUGAAGGCCCCAGGCUCUCCCACGCGCCAUGGUAGGACAGCAGCGCGCGCUGCGUGACGGGCCUGGAGGGUCAUCAGACGCUUACGACUCACCAUCUCUUCGUGGCUGGCUCAUUCCCUCGGGUGCCUCACAGCGGCCGGCUUGUGCCUCGGGUCUAGUGGCAGGACGCAGAAGUCACAGUAACGGCAGUGCUCGUUGUGCUCAGCCAAUGUCACAACUCCAAUUGCGGCAGAGAAAAGUGUGUCGCGAGCGGUACUGGCGCUUGGGCUACGGUGCAGAUGCAGGGCGGCAGUGGCAGAGCAGAUCGCGGGGAAGGGAAGGAUGCUGCCGAGUCGCGCGGGCUGGGUGGCGGGCCUGCUUCGAAGCGCGCGGGCAGGUCAAGACAGAGGCAGACAGACCGUGCAAUGCGGGAGAGUGAGACAGCAGUCGCAAUUGUCUGAUCUCUGCUGGAGGGGCUUGUGGUGGCCGCCGCCCUGCAGCUAGUCCAUCUGAUAUUCACUACGCCCACGUCCUUCCGCACAGACAUCCCGCGCCGGAAAAGU